UCGUGUACUUCGUGCGGUUGUCUAGGAAAAUCAAAACAGCCGAAUAAAAAAAACUACUCCUUAAUAGAUUUUCAUAGUUGAGAUAUCCUCCCUCGAAAAAAAACCCUCAACCCCCCCAUCGCCCAGUGAAACCAGCGGCGUUGUGGAUACAUUAUUUUUUGCCAUCGUUUGAAGAUAAAAUCGAAACUCAACUAACAACAUGAUGUCCUUCAAGUCGUUCGUGCUGCUUAGCUUAUCCCUCGCUGCCAUCAGUGCCUAUGCCUACGCCCAGAUCGCCCCUGGAUCCAACGCAUACCUCCCGCCCACCAAGAACGGCUACGACUACUCGGAGCCCAAGACCCCAUUCAAGCCCGGUCCACCUGGCAGACCAUCAGCGCCCGGACCCCGGCCACCAGCACCCCCCGGCACUCCCCGCAACAUUCCCGGCCAGCCAGGCGAUGACCAUGUCCAUGUGCCCGGCAUGCCAUACGAUUUCGAGUACGCCGUCCAGGAUCCGGAGACCGCCAACGACUAUGCGCACAAGGCGUCCAGCGACGGCGACGUGGUGACCGGCGAGUACCGCGUCCAGAUGCCUGACGGACGGACCCAGAUCGUCCGCUACACCGCCGACUGGAAGACGGGCUACCACGCGGACGUGACCUACGAGGGCGAGGCCACCUUCCCGCAGGGUCCCCAGCCUGGAGCACGAGGUGGUGGCGGCGGCGGCGGUGGUGCCGGUGGGUACAAGUACUAG